UGUUUGUUCUCCACACCAGCACCACCAGCUACAACAGCAGUGGACACGAGCUGGUCUUUGUUUUCUCGCUGUUGACAGCAGUCUGAACACACCAGCUUGGAAAUGGCUGGCAGAUAUAGUGGCAGACUUCUGCAAGAAGCAACCUGAGGCCACACCUGUUUCUAGGCAUCAGGAGUUUGACUGGUCAGGGUGGAAAUAUCAGAGUAAUUCACUCAGAGGAGUACGGAGCGCUGAUGAUUACAAAAUCACUUGUACCAAAGUGUUGCAGUUCAUUCGGACCCUGACCCGUAAGAAGCCACUGGAGCCAGAAGGGAUUCUUGGGUAUGGUGUGAAGGAGUCAUCAGUCCUAAAUACAGUUUUUACUGCAGUGAAUAUAGCUAUACUAGUUUUUAUCAUCAUCGCUGGUUUUAUAAAAGGAGACCUCAACAACUGGUACAUCACUCAGGAGGCUAUCCUGAACGCAACUUAUCACAUGGAGAACUUUACAUUGACACAGAAUGAAACCACUGACUUUGGUGUUGGUGGCUUCUUUCCCUUUGGCUUUGAAGGUACAUUAGCAGGAGCAGCAACCUGUUUCUAUGCCUUUGUUGGAUUUAACUGCAUUGCCACAACAGGGGAGGAGGUGCAGAACCCACAGAAAGCUAUACCUCUAGGGAUUGUUGUGUCCCUGUUCAUCUGCUUCUUGGCCUACUUUGGCGUGUCUGCUGCUCUGACACUUCUGAUGCCCUACUACCUGCUCGAAACCCACAGCCCUCUGUACCUGUGGCCUUUGAAUAUGUUGGCUGGGAGCCUGCAAAAUAUGCUGUGGCUCUGGGAUUCCUCAUUGCACUCUGAACAAGUCUCCUGGGAGUUAUGUUUCCAAUGCCACGAGUGCUCUUUGCCAUGGCAAGAGAUGGCCUGCUCUUCAAGCCUCGUCGUUACAUUGUUGUGGAUUAAGGCGUUCACAGAAUAUGUUCAAGAUGAUCAAGGAGAUACCCUGAAGUCCUUUUUUUGGAUUGACUUCCUGUCUGAUGUCUUCUUUGGCACAUGUUUUUACGCUAACAAUGGCUUUGAUACAGUAUGCUAACAGUGGUAUGUCUUGUACCUGAAAAUAUAUUAUAUACAUGUUGCCAUGCUAAGUUCUAAACCUCUUGUUUGUGAUUUUAUCCAUUAAUAGCUUGAUCAGGCAUUCAAGACUAUGUAAUCUUGAAUAUUAUUUUAUUAUAUGAUUGUUUUUGUCAGUAUUUGACAGUGAUGAUAAAUAAUUAUCUGUAUUAUGGAAUUUAAAUCAAUAAAAAAUAAAUGUU